AUGAGAGAACAACAGCAUGCUGGGCCGGUGGGGCAGAGACGCGGAGUCAGAUGAAAGGAAAGAGGGGUGGAAAAGGAGAGUGCAUGCUUAAGUGCUUGUAAGUGUGAGUGUGUGUUCUUUUGAGAAUGAAACCAGAGUCCAAAUGCAAGACUGUGAUAAGGGUGAGAGAUGCUGGGAGAGGAUGAGGAGUAACAGGGCGAGGCAACAGCGAGAGGCACUGAGUGCGUGUGUGUGAGAAAUAGUGUGUGAACAGAGGGAUGCAGUCAUGUCUCUGUGAGAGGGAGCAGCACAGCAACUGUAACCAUGCUGAGCCCCAAGAUAAAACAGGCACGCCGGGCACGGUCAAAGAGCAUGGUGUUGGGAGAGUUGUCUCGGCUCUCCAGGCCCUGCUCUCCUCUUGAUCAGGAGAAAGCACUGAAGGCGGGCUGGUUGAAGAGGCAGCGGAGUAUCAUGAAAAACUGGCAACUACGUUGGUUCGUCCUGAGGACCGAAGCGCUGUACUUCUACAAGGACCAAGAUGAAAGCAAGGCACAGGGUUGCAUUCCACUUCAGGGUAGCCAGGUCAAUGAGGUGCCUGCCAAUCAGGAUGAGCCUGGUCGCCAUCUUUUUGAAAUUGUUCCAGGGGGGUCUGGAGAAAAGGAUCGAACUGGCAUAAGCCACGAAUCAUUACUGCUGAUGGCCAACUCACAGAGUGACAUGGAAGAAUGGGUCAGAGCCAUCCGUAGAGCUAUAUGGGCUCCACUUGGAGGAGGUGUUUUUGGACAACAUCUUGAGGAAACAAUGUCAUAUGAGGCCCAGUGUAACCCACAGAGAACAGUGCCUGUGUUGGUUGAACAGUGUGCAUGCUUUAUACGGGAACAUGGACUCAAGGAAGAGGGCCUUUUCAGGGCCCCUGGACAGACCAAUCAUGUUCGAGAGCUGCAGGAUGCCUUUGACCGUGGUGAAAAGCCAGUGUUUGACAGUUCCACUGAUGUCCACACAGUGGCAUCACUGCUAAAGUUGUAUAUAAGAGAGCUCCCAGAGCCUAUAGUCCCUUUCUCCAAAUAUACACAGUUUCUCUCUUGUGCUCAGCUUCUCACCAAGGAUAAAGAAAUGGCAAUCACAGAACUAAGUAAACAGGUGAAAUCCCUUCCUCAGGUCAAUUACAACCUCCUUAAAUACAUCUGCAAAUUUCUUGAUGAGGUUCAGUGGCACUCCAGUGACAAUAAGAUGAGUGUUCAGAACCUGGCCACUGUGUUUGGACCUAACAUCCUUCGGCCCAGAGUGGAGGAUCCUGUUACCAUGAUGGAGGGAAGUUCACAGGUGCAGCAUCUUAUGACUGUGCUGAUCAGUGAACACUCCAGACUUUACCCACACAAGGAGCCCAGAUCUAAAAGCCCACACAGGCCGGAGCUCCAACGCUGCAAAGUAGAAUGGGUUUCACAAGAAGAUACUGACCCUAUGCCUUCCUCAGGUGUAACCUCCAAAACCACUCAAGAAAUUCCCCAAUCCUCCAUGCGUCCUACAGACAGUAAGCAGACUACAUCAAGUCCUUUUUCACCUGAAAAGGUUGAGGAAAGUCAGAUGGAUAGGAAAGAUAAAAGUCAGACAGAUGAAAGAGUUGAUGAAAAAGCAGACAGUAAAACUGAAGGAGGAAGUGAAGUAGCUGUUAGCCCCAGUAAACAGUCUAAAGCCCUGCCCUCUUGGAGGUGCUCCUUCAAGGGCAGUGCAGCCUCUGUAGGGCAGAGGGGGAAAAUAGGAGGCUCAGCUGGGGAUGUGUCAGCAGCUGGUGGGAGCAACUGGCUGAUGAAUGGGCUAUCAUCUCUCCGAGCUCACAAGCGCACCACGUCAUCUGGUGAAAAAGUGAAAGACUCUACUUUGUCUCUAAAGGAUUCAACCCUCUCUCUUAAAGAAACCACUCUUUCACUUAGGGACUCACAGAGAGACUCUGAUGAGGACACUUCUCAAACAUCGCUGUCUAACAAAGUCCUCCACCAAUCCCACAGACUGUCUGCCUAUGACAAUGUUGCCCCUUUUAGCUUAAGCUUGCCUGCUGAUAACUCGUCCAUCUGGACGUCUUUUGAAAUCCCUUUAUCAGAGCCUGAGGGAAAUGAUAAGGAAAUGAAAUUAGAACAGAGUCAAGAGGGACCCAAAGAUGUGAGGGGCAGUAUAAAUACUCUGGACCACAGUGCAAGUGGUAAUGAGGAGGAUGUUACAGAAGCAAAUGAAGAUUUUACAAGGAUGUUGACACAACUAAAGCAGGAGCUGAAACAACAGCGAAUGAGCUAUGAAACCUGCAUUCGCAGGUUGGAGGAGUCCUGUUCUAAAUACCAGUCCCAGGUAAACCGCCUUGAAGAGGAACUAGACCAGGAGAGGAAGAAGUUCCACAUGCUGGAGAUCCGACUCAGGAACUCAGAGCGGGCACAUCAGGAUGCAGAAAAUCGAAAUGUCCUACUACAGCAAGAGAUGGAGGAAUUCUUCAAGACACUUGGAGAUCUGACAACAGGAACAACACGGGCCCACUAGACCAGACCAACCUGCCUUCAUCUGGUCCUAGAGGAACUCAGCCACUGGGAAGACCAGCCCCAAAGCUUUUAAGACCAAAUACCUCUAGUGCUAAUUCCCAUCUUGCCCUCUUUAAUAUGUCAGUCCUGUGCCUACUGUGACCAAUACAGGUGCCAAACAAGAACUCUUUUGGACCAAGGACCUUUAAUUUCAUCAUUCCAUAAAUCAGUUUAUUUACUCACUAAAUUCCUCCCAAAAAGACCAGUCAUUGUGGAUAACAUGUUGUAUCUCCAUUCACACAAAGUACAUUCAUUCUUGAACGUAAAAGAAAGAACAAAGUGAGACAUUAAAAUUCAACUCUUUUAUUCACUGGAGUUGAAGGUAGUUUUCAUUUCUGAUGUAUACUGAAUAACUGGUCUGUUAGUGAGGCAAUUUCAGACCCAAAGGCUAAAAUUCACACAACUGGCCUUUCCAAAACCUACCACACAAUUUUAACUCUUUGCUGACAGCGUUUGGGCAAAGUCUCAGAAGACUGCAACGUUAUCCCAGUGGUGCUGAAUGAUUUUCUUUAAAAUUUACCUGCACUAUUGCAACGGGAAAACUCAUGCGUAAGUCUAUUCUAUUGGUUCUAUCUUUUAGGAGAUCGAGAGGAUAAUCACAUGAAGGGGAAGUCACAACAGUCAGUUGAGAUGUGGCCAUGAAAGGGUCAGGACAUGCGUCACAAUCCCCAAAGUGCAUUCUGGGAGUUGAUUCUAAAGGGUUACUGCCUGGAGUGCCCAACCAUUAAAGGGCAAAAGGACAGUUCAGGAAUUUGAGACAUCAAAUACAUCCAAAGGUUACCAUGACAGGUGACAAAUACCUGUUUCCUGAUUCUCAGUAAACAUACAUACAUCUAUAGUAAAAUGUACAGAUUGACCACUGACUAGUUAUUCAUGAAAUAUACAACACAAAAAAAAGAAACAAAAUGUGUAUAAAUAGUACCUUUGAAUGAGAUGUACAUUACAUACAAUAGAUGCCUCUUAGCUUGAAAUAAAUAUCA